UAUCAAACGUUUUCCACGGCAAUUCAUCGUGAGUAACAGCCCCUAUACUUCCACUAAUUUCUCUUCUUUUUGUACAAAAAUGGCUCCGACAAUUGCGGUGUCCUCCGCCUACACGAAGCAGCAAUACCGAGUCGCCGCUGUUUCUGACGACGCCGAGGUGUUGAAGAAAAGAAACGAGGAGUUGGAGAAGGAACUGAAAAGGAGUCUAGAGAGGGAGGAGAAAAUGAAGCAGGAAUUACAAAGAACAUACGAGCGGCUGAGAGUGGCGGAAGAGGCGGAGGAGCGGCUUUGUUCACAGCUCGGAGAGCUCGAGGCGGAGGCGCUCAAUCAAGCCCGGGAUUACAGGACCCGUACGAUGUCGUUAAUGGAACAACUUUAUUCCGCACAGAAACUUCUACGGGAAGCUUCAAUUUCUCUCCCCAAUCCUCAGUUAUGCUGCUUAAAUUCACCAGUGCUUAAAAGUGACUUUUAAUUACUUUUUUAUACUGUGAAAAUAAGCAGUUAAAUAUGGUGCUCGAUCUUCAGUAAGGCUAAACAUGCUUAAAUUCCACUUUCUUUAUAUAUAUAUAAGUUUGAGAUUCUGUAAUCGGAAUUUUUUUUUUUUUGGGGGGUGAGUUUCCCUCUGUGUGGCUGAAUUGGAGUUGUGCAUUGAGUUGUUUUUUCUAUGUGGAAACGGAAGAUUUUUGUGAUA